GGCAGCUCCGGGGACUAAGGGAUGACACAGAUUGCGCGAGGUGUCUUCCUGGCACUCCUGACUCCGCGUGACUUGUGUUGGCCCCGCAGCCUCCUGGGUCUUCAGCGCUUCCCUCCUGGCUCCGACAGUUGCUCCCCGGGGACCCCGGCUCAGUUACUUCAGCUGUCAAAUGGACUGAUAGUGUCAUUACCCGCCCAGGAGGGUGAUUGUGGUGAAGGCUGGAGGUGCUUUGUCAGCUACCAUGGGAGCCAUUGUGCCGGUUGCCUUGGAAGCCUGCGCCUUAUCUCCUGGGGGUCUCCUGUUACCUGGGCGCGUCGCGCUUUAGCCGCCCGAGAACAAAGGGUGCUCCUGGGGAAACCCAGGGACGGCUCGGCUUUCCUCUCCCCGCAGGAGGGGCGGCCGCUGCGUGUGGUCAUGGAGAAUGGCUCCUCAGAGGCCCCCGGGUGUCCCAGUGUGAGGCAGGCCGGAGACUGACCACGGGCGGCCGGGAAGCUCUUCAGUCCCUCGGCCCUCCCGCCCACCCUGGGCUGUGCCCCUGCAGAGCUGCUCGGCCCUGGCUCACAGGGGGGGAUGCGGCCGCUUCCACAGGCGACUUCCUUUCCCCAGAUUCAGCCCGGGCACCCCUUCCCCACUGCUCCCUGUCCCUGGGUGCUGGGCUUUGCUUUUCCGGCCGGCAGAGAGCAGGGGCUCAGGCCCAUCCUGUUCUGAGCAUCACGGAGCCCCCAGGGCUUAGGACCUCCGUCCCCCGAGGCCGACGGGCCAGGGAACCCGGCCCCUCCUUUCACAGAGAGCCGGGCCCGGCGGGAGCCUGACUUUCCAACGGGAAACUCGGUGUUCCUUGUGCCCUGGGAGGUGUCCUAAGUCCUGGGCUGGGAGCCUUGUAUCUGGAGGAAGGAGGAGGAACUGAGCUCAUAAGCCCCACUCUGAGAGCGUGUGGGGAGAGAAUGGCCGGGUCAUGUGGCCAGAACAGCUGACAGGCCCCGGGGGCAGCGCCUGCUGCGUGACCCAUAGGUCCCUCUGGGCCUCUCAAGGCCGUUAGGGAGGGAUCUCGACCUCUCCUUUUCCCACACUGACCCGGAGCCCUCUUUGGGACAUUGACUGUGAGCUUUCCAGAAGGGUAGCUUGGCAGGAGGGGGAGCCCCAGAGGCCCCUGUUGGACUGUGGGGCCGGCCCCGUCUGCUCCCCAGGCCAGUCUUCGUUUACACUGGGCUGGGGCUCGUGCAGAUGCCAAAGGGCACCGAGGAGAGAAGGGGGGGGGCUGGGAGCGGUCCCUUGUCCUGCCCGGGCCCAGGCUGUCCCCGGGGUUGUGAGGCCUCCUGGGACGGGUCUGAGAGAGUCCGUCAGUGUGCUGCCAGUCUCUCUAUGAGAGACAGAUGGCGAUAAAUCGGCACCACAUGGUGGGAUCAAGGGAUCAAGGGUCCUCGAAAGUGUUUGGGGGUGAUGAUGAUGGGAGGUCUGAUAAUUCCGGUAAUGUGGCAUGGAUCCCGAGACCGAGGCAGUCUGAGGGAUUGGGAGGCCGGGGGGACUGAGGGGCAUUGCGGGUGUGAGGAAGACCCAGCCUGCAGGAGGUGCUUGGAGAACAGGAACCCCAGAAAGGAGACUGGGAAGUGACUUCAGGGGGCAGGGCCACAGCCACUGAGGGGAGGGAUGAGUCCAGGUCUGGCCUUGGUUGUCUUGGUGGAAGGAUGACCGGCAUGGCAGGUGUAUCCUGGCUUCCCUUGCUGGGCUUGGGGCUCCUCGUGGGGACUGUUGUUCACCCCUCCUCCCCUUCCCUUGGACCCGGAAGUCCAGUGUGCUCAGCCCAUGCACAGGAGGGCCCGGGGCCAGGCCUGAGGACCGGGGGCUUGGUCCAGGAAGUUUGGCCGGCCUCUGCCUGCCCAGGCCGCGGUCACUUUUGGCACAGAGUGGUGUGUCUGCGCCCGAGACGUCAGGGCCCGGUUCUGCCCUCUGGCCCCGAGUCCUGUCACUGCCACCGCUGGGUCCAUCCUUCCCCUGACAGGCCCCCCUUCCCCCUGUUCUCUGCUCUUCCCCAAGUAGUUUUUGCCAUGCGGACCUUUCCCCUUGAGAGCUGACCCGGUGCCAGCAUUGCCUCCCCAGAGGCUGUGGGUACAGCUUGUGCUCUUCUUCCCUGGGAGUCACUGACACUGACGGUAGAACUGGAGCCUCGGUUUACAGAUGAGGAAACAGCAGGAGAGGCCCAGGCCGAUGCCCUGGGUCCCAUGGGGGGGAGGUGGAAGAGCUGGGAGGAUGGGAAGGGCGCUCCUACUGCUCUGGCUGGAAGGAGCUGGGCUAGAGGAGGAUGCCGUGGUCAGGAGGGGCUCCUGCUGGGUGGGCUGGGCCGGGGGCCGUGCUCUGACUCUGACCCGAUCUGCUUUUUGCUCCCCAGAGUGGAGGAAGUGCCCUUGGAGGUGCUGAGACAGAGGGAGUCCAAGUGGCUGGAUAUGCUCAAUAGCUGGGACAAAUGGAUGGCCAAGAGGCACAAGAAGAUCCGGCUGCGGUGCCAGAAGGGGAUUCCACCAUCCUUGCGGGGCCGGGCCUGGCAGUACCUGUCGGGAGGGAAGGUCAAGCUCCAGCAGAAUCCUGGGAAGUUUGACGAGCUGGACCUCUCACCAGGGGACCCCAAGUGGCUGGACGUGAUCGAGAGAGACCUGCACCGGCAGUUCCCCUUCCACGAGAUGUUUGUGUCCCGUGGGGGCCACGGCCAACAGGACUUGUUCCGCGUGCUGAAGGCCUACACGCUGUACAGGCCCGAGGAGGGUUACUGCCAGGCCCAGGCGCCCGUGGCAGCCGUGCUGCUCAUGCACAUGCCCGCUGAGCAAGCCUUCUGGUGCCUGGUGCAGAUCUGCGAGAAGUACCUGCCGGGCUACUACAGCGAGAAGCUGGAGGCCAUUCAGCUGGACGGGGAGAUCCUGUUCUCUCUGCUGCACAAAGUGUCCCCCGUGGCCUACAAGCACCUGAGCAAGCAGAAGAUCGACCCCAUCCUGUACAUGACCGAGUGGUUCAUGUGCGCCUUCUCGCGCACGCUACCCUGGAGCUCCGUGCUCCGCGUCUGGGACAUGUUUUUCUGCGAAGGGGUCAAGAUCCUCUUCCGGGUGGGCCUGGUGCUGCUGAAACACAGCCUGGGCUCCUCGGAGAAGCUCAAGGCCUGCCAGGGCCAGUACGAGACUAUGGAGCGGCUGCGCAGCCUGAACCCCAAGAUCAUGCAGGAGACCUUCCUGGUGCAGGAGGUGAUCGAGCUGCCCGUGACCGAGCGCCAGAUCGAGCGCGAGCACCUGAUCCAGCUCCGGAAGUGGAAGGACACGCGGGGGGAGCUGCAGUACCAGUCGCCCCCCAGGCUGCACGGGGCAAAGGCCAUCAGCGAGGCGGAGCCGGCCCCCCAAAAGGCGCUGGAGCCCUCCCCCUCCAUCCGCCUGCCCCCGGGCACCCAGUUGCCCGCCGCAGGCCCCAAGAGCAGGCAGCAGAAACAGGCCGAGAAGGAGCAUCAGAAGGCACUGAAGGCGCAAGCCAAGCAGCAGAGGGGGCAGCAGCAGCCCCCGCCACAGCAGCAGGCUCCCCCGGCUCUUGGCGAGGGCCCCGGCCCGGCAGCUGCCGCCCAGGCCCCAGGCCCCAGCACCGAGCUGGCGCCCCUGGCCGCCCCAGGGGCGGAGGGUGCAGAUGCCAAGGACUCGCCUCAUCAUUCCAAGGAGAGCCUGACUUCCCAGGAGAGUGAGGACACUUACUUGUAAAAGGGCUGGGCCCCCAUGCCUCAGUUUCCCUUUUCUGAAGGGCUGGGAGCUGAGCUAGGGCAGCUAGGUCAGGAGGGGACAUUCCUGUAGGCCCUGCCUCCCAGAGGACAGCCUUGACUUCCCCUUAGGACGGCCCCAAAAGGCAUCUGAGACAGAGGGGGCCCAGGACCGCAGGCCCCCUCCUUAGGCAGCUGCCCCCCUUCUCUGCUGGGGCCCUGGGGGCCUGACCCCGAGCUAGAAGGGUUGCCUGGCCCCCUUCCCUCAGGUCCCCUCCCCUCAGGCCACCAGCAAGGAGGGGCGGCCCUGGGGCCAGGGCCACCUCAGCCGCUAUUUAUUCUCUCAGUCCCCGAGGAGGUCGUCGGGGUCCUAGUCCUGGUCCUGGGGGGCCCAUGGGUCACAGUGAAGUCCCUACUUCCUGUUGCCUGGCGGGGGGGCUUUCUUCCACACUCCCCUUUGCACAGGCCGAGGUCAGGCCUCCCCCCAUCAGCCUCCAGCCCUUCUCAGCCUGAUGGCCCCGAGGCCUCAGAACCCACCAUCGGCUCUUCCUCCACCCCCCCACCCCCCCCCCGUCCUGGGCUCCCCUGCGGGGCUGCCCACUGGGCCCACGGGAAGGGCCAGGGCAGGGGCCCACUCCUUGACGUGGCAGAUGAGGGAUGAGGGGUGGGCUCUCUUUGUGUAAAAUAUGUUUUGUACAGAAAUAAACCAGGUUAUAUAAAGA